GCAGCCGGCGACUCUUUCUACCGGUACAAGAUGCCCGCGAUCCAGAGCAAGAUCGAAGGCCGCGGGAACGGGAUCAAGACCAACGUCGUGAACAUGGUGGACGUCGCGAAGGCGCUCGCGAGGCCGCCCGCGUACACGACGAAAUAUUUCGGCUGCGAGCUCGGCGCGCAGACCAAUUGGAACGACAAGACCGGCACCGCGAUCGUGAACGGCGCGCACGACGCCGCUAAGCUCGCGGACGUUCUCGAGGGCUUCAUCAAGAGGUUCGUGCAGUGCUUCUCGUGCGGCAACCCGGAGACGGUGGUGAACGUCUCGAAGAGGGACACGAUUCACCUCAAGUGCAAGGCGUGCGGCGCCGUGAGCGACGUGGACAUGCGGCACAAGCUCACGACGUUCAUCCUGAAGAACCCGCCGGAG